GGCGGCGGUGCAGUCCCCGGGAGUCGUCGGAGCAGGUUGUGGAGGCGGCGGUGGCCGCCUGAGGUGGUGGUAUGGAGGCCGCGUUGCCUGCGGUCGCGGAGGAGCUGCUGAGCGAGAUGGCCGCUGCGGUGCGGGACGGCGCGCCAAUUCCAGAUGAGCACCUGUUAUCGUUGAAGUUUGUGUUUGGUUCAUCAGCCAUCCAGGCCUUGGACUUAGUUGACCGACAGUCCGUCACUUUGAUCUCAUCACCCAGUGGAAGGCAUGUUUAUCAGGUUCUUGGAAGUUCUGGCAAAACAUACAUAUGUUUGGCCUCCUGUCAUUACUGUUCAUGUCCUGCAUUUGCCUUCUCAGUGCUAAGGAAGAGUGACAGCCUACUGUGUAAGCAUCUCCUGGCAGUCUAUCUCAGUCAGGUUACAAGGACCUGUCAACAGCUCAGUGUCUCUGACAAGCAUCUGACUGACAUCUUAUUGGAGAAGAAACAAGAAGCAUAAAGGUUCAGAUGGGACAUCAUUCUCUUUCAGAAUAAAAGCCCAUCAGGAAACAUUUUUAACAUCUCAUGGCUCACAAGGAAGAAACUGUAAUGGAGCUUCCAGAUUUCUUGUUACUAUCCAUUUGCCCUCCUAGACUGCAUGAUGGAUUUUGGUUUACAGCUGAAGCUUGCAGAGGGUAUGUGUAUGGUCAGGAGCCUUGUAUACUCUACUAUUUAAAACCUGAACCAGACUCUGAGCCCUCUGGGUGAAACUGCUCCUGUGUGGAACUGAACACUGUAGAUUGGAAUAAAACCCUAAAGCCAUA